AUGGGUCUUCUCACCAUUGUCGAAGAGAGGCCGACGCCGCCCUCGGUCUACAACUGGCGCAUCUACGUGCUCGCCGGCAUCGCGUCGUGUGGGUCCUGCAUGAUUGGCUACACGAGCGCCUUCAUUGGUACGACAAUCGGUCUCGACUCUUUCAAGGCUGAGUUCGGCCUCACCAAGAAGUCAGCGGCCGAUAGGAACUUGAUCAGCGAGAACAUUGUCUCUCUUUUCGUCGCCGGUGCCUUCUUCGGUGCCCUCCUCACCUACUGCCUCAGCCAUUUCAUCGGCCGCAAGCGUUGCUUGGCCAUCGGAGCGACCGUCUUUUCCCUGGGAGCUGCCUUGACUUGUGGCGCCGACGGCAACCUUGGCCUGGGAAUUCUCUACGCUGGACGUGUCUUUUCGGGUCUGGGCACUGGAAUUGCAUCUAAUAUCAUCCCCGUUUACAUCUCGGAACUCUCACCGCCAGCUAUUCGUGGCCGCCUGGUCGGUCUCUACGAACUUGGCUGGCAGAUUGGUGGUUUGGUUGGCUUCUGGAUCAACUACGGCGUUGAGUCAAGCAUCCCGUCAGGCCGCAAGCAAUGGUUGAUCCCAUUCGCAGUCCAGUUGAUCCCGUCCGGUCUCCUUCUGAUCGGUUCCUUGUGGAUCCGUGAGUCGCCGCGAUGGCUCUUUCUUCACGAUAAACGCAAGGAGGCCAUGGACAACUUGUGCUGGAUCAGACAACUGGAGCCCAACGACAUGUACAUCACGGAAGAAAUUGCCGGCAUCGACAAGAUCUACGAGUCCACCAAGGCCACCGUCGGAUUCGGGUUCUGGCAGCCUUUCAAGGCACUUGGUGCCCGGCCCUACCUGCAAUGGCGUCUGUUCUUGGGCUGCAUGCUCUUCUUCUGGCAGAACGGCUCUGGUAUCAACGCCAUCAACUACUAUUCCCCGACCAUUUUCAGAAGCAUCGGCGUCGAGAACAACACUGUUAACCUAAUGACUGGUAUCUUUGGCGUUGUCAAGGCCGUCAUGACCUUUGUCUGGCUGCUCUUCCUCGUCGAUCAGCUCGGAAGAAGAAAGCUUCUCCUCCUCGGUGCCGUCACUGGUUCCCUCUGCAUGUGGGUUAUCGGAGGCUACAUCUGCAUCGUUGAGCCGACCAAGCACCCUCAAGACCACUUGACCGGCAGUGGCAUCGCGGCUAUUUUCUUCUUCUACCUCUGGACCGCCGUCUACACUCCCACCUGGAACGGUACCCCUUGGGUUAUCAACUCGGAAUUCUUCGACCCCAACUUCCGUUCCUUGGCAAGUGGUGCAACUACUGCUAGCAACUGGCUAUUCAACUUCCUCGUCUCUCGUUUCACGGAGCAGAUGUUUGAAGCCAUGGGCUAUGGAGUGUACUUCUUCUUCGCUUCCCUGUCAUUCCUCGCCUUCUUCUUCGCCUUCUUCCUCAUCCCCGAGACGAGUGGUGUUCCUCUGGAGAAGAUCGAUAGGCUGUUCGAGAUCAAGCCCGUCUGGAGAGCCAACGCGACGUUGAUGGCCCAGCUGAGGGAAGAGGAGACACAGUUCCGCACGGACAUCAAGGACGAGGUUGUUCACAAGGAGCAGGGCACGUCGUCGGAGUCGGACUCCCCAUAG